GCAUGUGGAUUUGAGUACGCCAUAUUGCGUGCGUUACAAGUAUGCAGACCAAAAAUAUCAACAUUGAACAAGCACCAUUAAAUAAUUCAUCACAGAAACUACUAUUAAUGGUUCAACCUCAACCACAACAACAACAGUUGGGUAUCACUAAUCAAAAUAAUAACACUACAGGUGGUGGCACUAGCUGUAUACAAGGAAUAACCACCUACACAGGUGUACACCAUAAUGAAAAGAAUAUAAUGAUUCAACUACAAGGUUCACUACGUACUACUGCUGGUGAUCAUCAUACUGUUGCACUACUACACGGUAGUACCCACAACAAUGAUGCACCAGCUCUACCACCACGAGGUCGAACAAUUGUAUUCACACCAAUACAACAGACACCAAUUUCAUCUUCCUCGCCAUUUAGUAAUUAUUAUUCAGGUUGUGUAAAAACACAGAAGGAUAUUGGUUUACAUGUGAUUCCUAAGAAUUUUGAGAAGUUUAAAAAUUGGACAAUAGCGAUUGGUCGAACGGACAUCGAAUACUCGAAACGUGGAAACUAUCGUGUCUGCGAUUUACAUUCCGCCGACGAAAUGAAACUCCAGGCUUCAACAGGAAAAUUUCGAACUAACUUAAAGCCUAAUGCUUUUCCUAGCCUCCACUUAAGUAGUUCACAAUUUUUACAUGCAGAGGCCUCGAACAUAAAUUUGAACAAAACUGCAUCAAAACGACCUGGAUCGCCUAUUGCUUCUACGAGUCGAAAGAUUAUGGCCAUAAAUAUCGAAGAAGAACAAAUUCGACCUGUGUUUCAAAUAGGCGGUCAAUUGAUUGAAGCGCUAUCUGGUGAACAGAGUGAGAACUAA